AUGCAAACAAACACCAUCGAGACUCAACGGGACCCUGGCAGAACCCAGCACUGGCAGAUUUACGAUGAAAAGGAAUGGCCACCUCUGCAGAAGACAGCGUCAUCUACUCCGGCACCAGAAAGAAAGUUAUCACAGAUCAAGGCAACAACAAAGGCUCAAAGCAAAGUGCCUCAAGCUGCUGGAAUUCAACUGGAAAAUAGAUUUACGCCACUCUCCGAGACUCCUGACCCAGGGAAAGUUGGAACACCCAGCUCGAAAGAGAGGUUUCCAGAGAGGGCUGGAGUGUCAUACCACAGCCAGUUUCAGAGAGUCCUUUGUGAACCCACAAACAGAAGCCCACACGUCCCAACACGACAUGUUUCCAUCCAGACUGAAGACACGCCAAAUCCAAGAAGUUUGAAAUUUAUCCCAGAUAAGCCGGUUUUAGGAAGGGGGACGAUGGAUUUUCCCUCUCAGCGCUCGACAGAGUGUUCGCCUCUAGCCAGAGACCUCUUUGAAAUCGAAGGAGUGAAAAGUGUCUUCUUCGGCCCAGACUUUAUCACCGUCACGAAAGUAGACGAGGAUUUGGCGUGGACAGACAUCAAGCACAAUGCUAUGGAGGCCAUGGCGAAAUUUUUUGAGAGUGGCGACCCAAUCACAACAGGAAUAGUGCAUCCUGAAAGUAGUGUUUCUGAAGAUGAUGAUGAAGUGGUAUUGAUGAUUAAGGAGCUGUUGGACACCAGAAUAAGACCAACAGUGCAGGAGGAUGGCGGUGAUGUGAUCUUCAAAGGUUUUGUAGAUGGCACGGUGCAGCUGAAACUGGUGGGUUCCUGCACAGGAUGCCCCAGUUCCACGGUGACGUUGAAGAACGGCAUUCAGAACAUGAUGCAGUUCUACAUUCCAGAAGUAAAAUCAGUGGAGCAGGUGGAAGAUGAAGUGGACGAAGUCAACGCGAAAGUUUUCUCUGAGCUGGAACGCAAAUUACAAGAAUGA